ACAAUUGCUGAUUACAUGAAAGAAGUUUUAACUCACCCAACUAUGGGAUACUAUAUAAAUAAAGACGUUUUUGGAAAACAAGGUGAUUUUAUAACGUCUCCAGAAAUUACACAAUUAUUUGGAGAAGUAUGUAAUAUUUGGAUAAUACAUGAAAAGCAAAAAAUAUCAAAAAAUGCUUUCCAAAUUGUUGAACUAGGUCCAGGUAGAGGAACUUUAGUUAAAGAUAUACUAAAGGUAUUUAAACAAUUUCGAUUGCUAGAUAAUGUUUCAGUACAUUUGGUGGAAAUUAGUCCUACUCUUUCUCUAAUUCAAGCAAAAAAUUUAUGCAAAACAAUUAAAGAACAUGAUAGAAAAACAAAUGAACCCAAGGAAAAUUUUAUUACUUAUUAUAGAGAAGGUGUUACAGAUGAUGGUAUAAAAUUAUAUUGGUACAAUUCUAUUAAAGAUGUACCUAAGAAUUUUAGUGUAUUUUUAGCACAUGAAUUUUUUGAUGCAUUACCAAUACAUAAAUUUCAGAAAACUGACAGAGGAUGGACUGAAGUUUUGGUGGAUAUAAUUCAAGGAAGCAAUGAAGAAAAAUUUUGUUAUGUAUUGUCAAAUACAUCAACACCUGCAACUUUUUAUAUAUCAAAUGAUGAAAAAAGAGAACAUCUUGAAAUUAGUCCAGAAAGUUUGGUAAUAGUGGAUUAUAUAGCAGACUUUUUGAUGGAAUGUGGUGGAUUUGCUUUAAUUUGUGAUUAUGGUUACAACGGCGAUAAAACUGACACCUUUCGUGGAUUUUUUCAACAUACUGUACACGACCCAUUAUUACGCCCAGGUACCGCAGAUUUAACAGCAGAUGUUGAUUUUGCAGUUAUUAAAAAAAUUGCAGAAACAAAUGACAGACUAAUAACAUUUGGACCAGUGACUCAAGCAAACUUUUUAAAAAAUCUUGGAAUUGAUGUAAGGUUGCAGAUGCUUUUGCAACAUGCUUCACAGGAAGAAAGAAAAGAUUUAGAAUCUGGAUAUCAUAUGAUAAUGGAUGAAGAUAAAAUGGGAACGCGUUUCAAAGUAUUAUCAUUGUUUCCAUCUGUUUUGAAAGAAUAUUUUAAACAAGUGCCAGUAGCUGGAUUUGUGAAUAAAAAAUUUGAAUGA